AAAAUUAAUUAUUGUCGAAAUAAGCGAAGUACAUAUUUAAUUAUUAUUACCAAAUUGUUAGAGAAAAUCACAGACAUCUCGAGACUUCACAAAAAGGCACAUAAAGGCACUUAAAUAUCAAUUGAUAACAAAUGAUCUAAUAUCUGAUAUUUUACUAUUGCAAGAAAAUUAUCACGGAUUCGUAAAAUAAGAAUCCAGCAUAAUUAAUCGUGGGAACUCAUGACGUCUGCAAAAGAAGCUGAUACAAGAUGCAAGAGUUAAUUCAAUGUGAUUGCAAUUGCACAAAGAGAUUGCAACUGAUAAACUUGGUAUCAACGAGUGUCAAUUUUGAUAUCUUCAGUUUAUUACAAGAUUUCUAAUAAUAUAAUUGAAGAGAUCAUAUUAAUACCGUAAAUAUUUUUUAUUGAAAAAGCGGAAGAAACAUUUUCCAUCACGACAGAGAAUUCAAACGUCAAAUAGAAGUGAUAUACACAUAUCGAUAAUUAUCGUAUUAGCUAACUCGAUAAGCUAAUUGAUCGUUUUACCCUGCUGACUCAAGUGAUAAUUUGCGGCGAGUUAAUGCCGCGUGUAAAGAGUGAUGUAUUCAACGAAAACCAAAUCGAAACCCAAUCCAAGGGAAAAGGCGAACAUUGUUUCGGUAUUGCUGUGGUGGUGGACCAUCAGUUUAUUCAAGACAGGAUACAGAAAAGAUCUAGAAAUAGAAGACUUGUUCGAUCCUUUGAAAGUUGAUGAAUCCGGUUUACUCGGAAAUCGAUUAGAAAAUCGAUGGAAAAUCGAAGUGGAAAAUUCGAAGAAAUGGAAGCGCAAGCCGAGUUUGCUCAAAGCCAUUUCUCGCACAUUUUUGUGGGAGUACUUCCUACUCGGAAUGAUAACUGUACUCAACGAAUUUGUGAUAAGGUUGGGUACACCGUUGUUGCUGGGUGGUCUACUACGCUACUUCCGGAAAGACUCGGUUGAAUCAUACGAAAAUGCUCUGUGGUAUGCAGCUGGAAUAUGCAUAUCAACCGGCAUAUACGCGAUAACCAGUAAUCAAGCCACUUUCGGAGGUUUUCAUCUGGGUGCUAAAAUCCGGGUGGCCGUCUGUUCUCUGGUUUAUAGAAAGGCUCUGCGUCUAAGCAAGACUGCGCUAGGCGAGACAGCACCGGGAAAAGUAGUCAAUUUAGUGGCUAACGAUGUCAAUAGAUUCGAUCUUGUGUCCAUCGUUAUCCAGUACAUGUGGUCGGCACCUUUGUCAGCUCUAAUCGUGGCUACCAUUUUAUACCAACAGAUCGGCUAUGCCGGUCUUAUCGGCGUCGCCAUCGUCUUCGUGGUUGUGGCAAUCCAAUCAAAUACCAUGAAGCUAACAUUCAAAUUCCGGGUUCAGACGGCCAUCAAGACGGACGAGCGAGUUCGCCUGAUGGACGAGAUCAUUUCCGGAAUUCAGGUAAUCAAGAUGUACGCGUGGGAGAAGCCGUUUUGCGCGAUGGUCGAACUAGUACGUAAACUUGAGAUUCGAGUGAUCACCAAAACCUCGUAUAUCCGUGGCAUCUAUAUAACCUUCAAUCUCUUCACAACCCGGAUGGCGCUUUACUGCACUCUCAUCACAAUGCUGAUGUUGGGCAAUGAUCUCACCGCCGACAAGGUCUUCGUCGCUUCGUCCUACUUCAACAUUCUUGCGCAGACUAUGUCUGGCAUGUUUGUGCGCGGCAUCGCCGAACUGGCCGAAUAUAUGGUAUCUGUACGCAGACUUCAGAGUUUCCUCAUGAACGAAGAGUUCCAGGGUACCAACAUCUCUAAAACGUCCUCCGACUACCCUAGCCUCUGUUCAGAUUCCAAGCAGACUGCAGACCACAAGCAGGAUCUGCCUUUCAUCGAUGAUGAUGUUGCGGAGGAUUAUCAGAACUUAGUUGAAAGAAAUGAGUCCAAACAACAGAAUGCAUUAACUACUGUCGCUAAUGAUUUGCUAAAGACUACUGGAGAUCGUAUUGAGGAAAAAAGGCGGUCGUACACCAACAUGCACUGUGCCAUCAACAUGAUCAACGUAACUGCCAAGUGGGAGGCUUCACAAUCGCAGAAUACAUUGGAGGAUUUAAAUCUACAGAUAGAAAAGGGCAAGUUGUAUGCUGUGAUCGGAAUGGUGGGCAGCGGCAAAAGUUCCCUUCUAUCCGCGAUUCUGGGUGAGAUCACCCUGACGGAAGGUCAAAUCAAAGUCAACGGCAAUAUCAGCUAUGCCAGUCAAGAAGCUUGGGUGUUCGGUGCCACUGUUCGACAAAACAUACUGUUUGGACAGCCUUACGAACGUCAACGAUACCAGAAGGUGGUUAAAGCUUGUGCCUUACUGAGUGACUUUAAGCAAUUUCCGCAGGGUGAUCAGACCAUCGUGGGCGAACGUGGCAGCUCACUAUCUGGUGGACAAAAGGCCAGAAUCAAUCUGGCCAGAGCCCUGUACAGACAGUCGGACAUCUACCUACUGGAUGAUCCCUUGAGCGCGGUCGAUGCACACGUCUGCAAACAUCUGUUUGAAGAGUGCAUUCAGAAAUACCUAGCUGGGAAAACAAGGAUUUUGGCGACGCAUCAAUUGCAAUAUAUAAAGGGAGUGGACGCCAUUAUAUUGUUCGAACAAGGAAGAAUAAAAUACUUUUCGCAUUAUCAAGAUUUACUGGAGAAUCAUCCAGAGUACGGAGUACUCUUAGCAGAAGAGAAUGAGAACGAUGAUUCAUUUCCAGAAGAGUGGAGCAUAAGACGACAGUUUUCCUCUGCGAGUAAUAGAAGUCGUACUACGGAAAUAAGCAAUGGCGGUACAGAUGACGGAAAAGAAGACGAAGAUAAAAAAGAGUUAAACAACGGUCUCGAGGCGACGUCACGUGGUGUAGUUAAAGGCUCCAUAUUUAUCAAAUACUUCCAAAUUGGUGUCAACUUAUACAUUGCCUUCGUUAUUUUAAUGCUGUUUAUCAUCACGCAAUUUGUUGUCAGUCUCAACGACUAUUUCAUGCCUAUGUUAGUCAAUUUUGUGGAAGCGCAAAAAUAUCUAGCCAAGCUUCACAGAUUGAAUCAAACGAAUGACCGUUACGAGAACAUAACGACAAAUCAUCCCGAUAUUCUCUCUGAUGAGCAGGAUAUGUCGUCGGUGAUGAAUUACAUCUACAUUUACACAGCCAUCGUGUUAAGCAUUUUUCUUAUUGGUAUCAUCAGAUCGAUAGCCUUUUACAAGACGUGCAUGACUUGCAGCCAGCGUCUGCACGACAUGAUGUUUGGCGCAUUAAUUCGCACGGGAAUGCGAUUCUUUGACACUAAUCCUAGCGGUAGAAUCUUAAACCGAUUCUCCAAGGACAUGGGUUCUGUCGAUGAGUUGUUACCGAAAGCAAUCAUGGAUGCCGGACAGAUGAACAUGUUGGUGUUGAGCUCGCUGAUAGUCACCUGUAUAGUCAAUCCUAUCUGUUUGGCGCCUAUCACAUUCAUCGGCAUAAUGUUCUACUGGAUCCGCAAGGUUUACCUCAAGACCAGCAAAAAUGUCAAGCGGUUGGAAGGAAUGUCACGGUCGCCAGUAUUCACUCACUUAAACGUCACAUUGAAUGGUCUCACAACUAUCAGAGCGUACUGCGCUCAAGAAAUACUCAAGCAAGAAUUUGACAAGUUGCAGGAUUUACACACGUCUACAAUUUACAUGUUUAGGGUGACUAGCACGGCAUUCGUCUUCAUUCUGGACAUGUUCUGCUUCAUUUUCAUUACGCUCCUCACCUACAGUUUCUUGCUAUUCAAUCAAUCUUAUUCCGGUGGCGAAGUUGGAUUGGCUAUCACUCAGGUGAUGGGAAUAACCGGGAUAAUUCAGUUUGGAAUGCGGCAGAGUGCCGAGAUGGCGAAUCAGUUGAUGGCAGUAGAACGUUUGCUCGAAUACGUCCAACUUCCGGCAGAACCGAAUUUGAGAGACAGAGGAAAAUACUUGAAGCAAAAAGAUAAGGAAAAAUUGGCAUUGCCGGGCAAUGUAUCGAAAGAUUGGCCCGCAGAUGGUUGCGUCGUAUUCAAGAAUGUCUAUAUGCGUUAUGCGGACGAGGAUCCACCUGUUCUGAAGGAUUUAAACAUAAAAAUCUAUCCCGGGGAAAAGAUUGGUAUCGUGGGAAGAACAGGCGCUGGAAAAUCAUCAUUGAUAGCAGCUCUGUUUCGAUUGGCGAAAGUGGAGGGAAUCAUUGAGAUCGAUGGGAUAAACACGGGUAUGAUCGCCUUGGAGGAUUUGCGACGUAAAAUAUCCAUCAUCCCUCAGGAUCCUGUAUUAUUCUCAGGCACUUUGAGACGUAAUCUGGAUCCAUUCGAUGAAUUCUCCGAUAAUGAUUUGUGGGGAGCGCUCGAAGAGGUUGAAUUGAAAGACGUGGUCGGAAUUAACGGGAAUGGUUUAGACAGUCGCGUGUUAGACAGAGGCAGCAAUUUUAGUGUCGGUCAAAGGCAAUUGGUAUGCUUAGCGCGAGCCAUUCUGAGAAACAAUCGUAUACUGAUGCUGGAUGAAGCGACUGCGAAUGUUGAUCCACACACCGAUGCUCUUAUCCAACGCACCAUCAGAAAAAAGUUUGCGACCUGUACAAUGCUUACAGUGGCGCAUCGAUUAAACACUAUAAUGGACAGCGAUAAGGUUCUGGUGAUGGAUAAGGGUCGUAUGACUGAGUACGAUCACCCUCAUAUGUUAUUGCAGAACGGCUACAGUCAAUUCACGUCGUUAGUAAGAGAAACCGGUCCAGGUAUGUACGAUCAACUUGUCACGGUGGCUAAGCAAUCGUACUUAAAUAAAUAUAGGGAAACAUGACGGAGCAUUUAUGGAUUUUUUACAAAUAAAUUUUCGUUUUCGAUUUCCGUUUUUUAAACUCAAUGGAGGUAAAAUAAACAUAUUGCAUAAUGUUUGUGAUAUAACUGUAAUACAGAAAGUGUAUAUGCAUAUAUAUAUAUAUAUAUAUUCUUGUAUCUGCACUCAGAUGAAUUUUACUUAUAUUAUUUCUACAAACUUAAGAGUACUAUAUUGUAUACGUCUUUCUUUAGAAAUACGUCAUUUUAUAUAAGCUACUAUACGUAAUCUCCUAAGUAUUAUAAUACGCGAUGUUAAUGCCAAUCGCAGAGAGUGUUUACAGAGAUUUAUAUUUAUAUAUGCAUUUAAUGAUGAGGUUUUGUUAAAUUAUUCUUGUCGUAAUGUCAAGUUCUUCCACAUAAUAAUAAAGUAACAGUAAUAUUACA